CAUGAGCAAAACUGACCUCGUAUCGGCAAAUCUAGAGACAAGUCCAGAUUCGACGCGCAAAUGUGCGCACAUCGAACCCAUCGAUAUGGGCAACGGGCGUCACGACGACGAUGACGGCGGUUGCCAUGACGGCGGGCAGCAGGGAACUCCUGGCGCCCUCGCAGCUAGGUGUACGCAGCUUCCCGACCUCGUGCAGGGUCAGCAGCAGCAGCAGCGGCGGUGGACGGCGAGUAGCGAUGAGAUGCAGCGACAGAUCGCCGAACACCUGAGGAUGGUCGGAGACGAGAUCGACCGGUCGUAUUCGAUGCCAAAUCUACUGGAAAGAGAAAUAGUACAAUUGGCAUGCCCCCCAAAGCGAGUGCUGAUAGGGUGGAUGACGAAACUACUGCUGCGAGUGUGGAAGGAAACGAUGCGAUGAACAGAAACGGACGCGGAAACGGCGGAUUUCGCCAGCGGAACAGGAGAACGAUGAGUGAGUCGGUGCAGCAGCGCUAUCCCGGUGCAGACGACACUCAAUAGAGGCGCACGAUUCAGCAAGCUCUCAGCGCAGAGCACGCCGGUGACGACAGCGACGGCGACGAUGACGAUAGUGGCCACCGAACGGACGUUCUAUUUACUGGAUCGAAUCGAGAUCAAAAUGGCCGCCGCCAGCGUUUGCGAUUCCCGAGGAGAGCCGAACGCGAUUCGGUCAUGAUCGGCAACAGCGUUGGCAAGCUACCGACGCGGAAGCAGAGAGGUAGACGACAUCCGGUGUGAUCGUGACGUCAAGAGAGACGCCAUAUUUUUUUACGUUCUCGGUGAUUAUUGGCGCCUGCAUACAUAUAUUGUUUCAAGCGCACCCCAUGUAGACCUGAAUGUGCCAUCGGUCUGAUGCGGGGAAGGCCAACAUCUACAUACAUUAUGCUAUGUGUAGAAAAAUUAUUGGCCUGGGACAAGUUUACAGGGUUUGACUGUAUAUUUGAUAAGACCCGAAGGCAACGCAUACUGGUAUCUGUUAGAUAGGAUAUAUUAGUCGAGCGGGAAUUCUCGCAUAUGCUUGCUUUCCGUGUGAUUUCCUUUCCGAGAGAUUUCACAUAGUCAGUUUAAUGUUGUAGAUUAGGAGUAUAAGGGUUCUCGUAUUGUAUUCCACAUUUUUUCUUUUCAUAAGAUAUAUCGCUUUCGAUAAGUUAUGACGCAUAUAUUUAUUACACGUUGGCGUAAUAGGCUGAAACGAUACAUAUUGAUUGCAUUAUAAUAGCAGACGUAGAGUAAUAUACAUAUGCGUAUAUGAUUUAACUCCUGCUGUCAUCGUGUGAUUAAAUAUUCAUAGGUUCUGGAUACAACCGUAGCAAGCGUCACUCGAUACCCCAGCAUAGCAUUCAUGUAGUCCUGCGACACGCACUUCGUACACACGACAGUUUCAAUAAUUCCUUCAGUGCAAAUCAUUAGCGAAUAAAGGAAUUCUUUGGUAGAUCACCGCAAAUCACCGCAAGCGAGCGCGAGUGGAACGUAUUCGUCCGAUACGCCCCGCGCAUUCAUUAAACGGCCUACCCCCUUGCUUCUCCCCGCAUGCAUGGCCAGCCGUAUAGGGCUGAGCGACUCCACCCCGGACUAUACAGAGUGCGUCUGCUCGUCUGACUCAAUAGCUAUUUUGACGCGUGACUCAACGCGACUUUCAUUUUGGUAGACGCCGCACGUAGCAGUCUAUAGCUGGCCCGCAAGCAAGCAUGGUUAGCACAUAAAC